AGUUCAUGAUUACCACAUCAUCAUCGUCAGCAAAACUCAAACUGACCUCACUUGGACCCUGACGAACAGUUUGAAGUGUGGACAUUGAGACUGCCAGACAGCAGCCUAAAAUCUCCACACAUCAAAACAAAAUCAAGAUGGUCACAAUGGCAACAACAGUAACCCCCGAGCCCCUCACAGCCCUCUCUCGGUGGUACCUCUACGCCAUCCACGGCUACUUCUGUGAAGUCAUGUUCACGGCCGCCUGGGAGUUCGUAGUGAACUGUAACUGGAAGUUUCCUGGCGUGACCAGCGUGUGGGCGCUCUUCAUCUACGGGACCUGCAUCCUUAUCGUAGAGCGCAUGUAUCUAUGUCUGAAGGACCGCUGUAACGUGCUGCUCCGCUGCAUCAUUUAUACACUCUGGACCUAUUUCUGGGAGUUUGGCACUGGUUUUCUGCUACGCCAGUUUAAUGCCUGUCCGUGGGACUACUCAGAGUUUAAAUAUAACUUCAUGGGCCUGAUCACGGCUGAGUACGCAGUGCCGUGGUUCUGUGCCUCUUUUAUCGUUGAGCGUUUAGUGAUACGCAACACACUGCGGUUGCGAUUUGAUGAGGUUGCUGAAUCGGGCCAGGCUGAAGAACGAUUGGAUAGAGGCGGAGGAGGAAGAGGAGGACGAAGAGGAAGAGGAGCCAGAGCCGGAGCCACCAGCGCAAACGGCUAUGUGAAAGUGGAUUGAGGAUGCUAUCGACACCUUCCUUUUCCCACAAUACUCGAAAGCACCCAUCACCCAUGACUUAAUCCACACAUCUCUCAGUCUCUCUCCCACCUACUUCAAGGGAAAGAGCCGCCCGGACACAGUUGGAACUUUCUGAUUUAAUAUAUCGUCCAGCUGGCGUUCUUCGCACACAUGGAAGGACUUUCAUUUGUCAGCUCGGUGCUCAACGCUACCCUCGCUUCAGGUACGUAGGAGUGGUGCCCGGUGGAUAAAUGAGAGAGAAUGAACCCUCCAGCCUCCUCCCAAACCAGUCCAUCCACUCCAGACGCUCUCUGGGAGGGGACAAGCCAAAUGGCUUGUGUUCCCUCAACCAAACAAAUGUGAAAAACAGGAACGCAGACACAUCACGAAAAGAUAUAUCUAUCAAAUGCUUUAACAAAAAGAAAAGAAAGGAAAGUCCUUUCAGAUUAUAAAGAGUUUCCAUUAUGUAUGUAUAUGUAGUAGCAAAUAACUGUUAGGAUAAGCUUACCAUCUGAAUGCUAGUAUGUGCUAUUUAUUAAUAUCUUAAAUUAGUUAAGAUGUCACGAUAAUAUAUUGAUAAAAAAAAAA